AUGGCACUUAAAAAAUUUGGAGAGAAGCUUAAGUGCUCCUUGCAACAUCUUUCUCCAAAGAGCAAGAAAUGUGAGGAGACCCUCGGUGGUGACCUCUCCCCAUGCGCUCUUCCCAAGCUUGCAACUACCCAGCAGCACGCGAUUCCGGCCCCUCAAGCCGAUUGUACGCAAUGUGUCCAACUUCUUGAGCAUUGUGAAGAUAAAAAUGCGUGCGAGAAACAACAGGAAUGCCAACAUGGACAGCCACAUAUCGAGCAACUUCGGACGGAAGAUUGUCAAACACCGUCAAAUAUGAGGACCCCUGAGCUUGUCCCUCCAAACGAACUCGUUCAGAUCCCUGAUUCAACCUCGCAGAUACAAGCAUGUGGUAGGCAGUGCGAACGUUCCUACCCUAGCUGGAAAGGUUCUGAAGAUAUUUUCCCAUCGAUGUACUAUGCACUAAAGGUCACCACUAGAAAGCCAAUCCAGCAAAGCGUACUGCUCGUCAACCCAUCUACGAACCACAAGAGCUUCAGUCUUCGAUUGUCCAGAGACAGUACAGGCAGCGCGGAGCUUGAGUACGAUGCUGUGAGCAUCCCCGGCGAUUCCGUGAAGCGAUUAACGGUCACAAUAACCCCAGAAACGGAUGUGUCAGAUGUUUUUAUUGAAGUGCUGGAGGGUGACAGCCUUUACGACAAAAUCCGUGUCCAGGCGAAGGUUCUAUAA